CAAGCUCAACUCCUCUGCGUUGCAAAUUGAAAGGAUUCUCAGUUUCUCACUUUGUCAAAAGCUCUAGCUAGGGUGCCUCAAGUUUCAGCUCAAAUUAAGAUGGCAUUUGGUCAAGAUACCAUAGAGCAGCUGUACCGGGAGCUCGCCGGCGGCCGCCGCCUCAGCGCCAAGCUCCAGGCGCUGCUCGAAGGCCCCCUCGAUAGCCGCGGCCAGAAGGAGGCCGUCGAUGUUAGCAGAGAGCUCGGGCGAGUGUUCAUGGUGUCUCUCUACAUGCUGAAGCCUUGCAGCAACAGCAGCAGACGACCGGAAGGAGUGACCAGGACGGCGCCGGAGACGAGGACUGACGAUAGCAUUUGCUUGCACACUCCGGCGAGGGUUAAACGCGUUAGGAGUGAAGAGGUUCUUGUCAGAAAUGGCAGAGAAGAGGUGGUUACGAGGACGGAGAUUAUUACACCUUCCCCGUACAAGGAUGGCUACCAGUGGAGAAAAUACGGGCAAAAGAACAUUCAGGACAGCAAUUAUCUAAGGUGGGUAGAGUGUAGUUUCUACUUUCUACUUGUUUCGCUAGAAUAUGCAUGGUACUUUACCAAUUUUAACUAACCACAACUUAAACCACAUGAUUCCUAAAGUACUACCAAGAACUGUUAUGUCAACCUCCAGAUUUGGUAAGCAUUAACCAAUAUACACUGCAACACACACAAUGUCCAAGUCAAUUUCAGAGUAAUUAACCUAGCUGUUUUAGUCCAUUGGACUACAGACUGAGUCAGUUGAUAGCUAGCAUCAGAUCAGAACAUGCUUUCUGGAAGUUCAAUAUUACAGAAAUGCAUCCAUGCAUGCAGCAUAUCAAUGUCCAGUCCAGUGACUUGACUUUGCCGUCAACAUGGUCAACCUUAACCUUCGUCGUCAAUCGUCAUACACGUACAUACACACGUACUCCUCGAUCAAAUAAUUCAAAGUCUAGACAAAAACUUAGGCGGCAUGUUUUAGCCAUACACUUGCCAAAACAAAUCACUUGAAUUAAUUCUUUAACUUGACCUAUGCUUCGUCGUGCCGGUUCACGUCCUCUGUAACAAUGAUAUUACACAUGUGUGUAAAAUAAUAAGAAAAAGUGAUUUCAUCCCUUGAAGGGAUAACCCCUCAUUUAGUGCAUGUCACCUAAAUGGUCAUAAAAAAUAUAAAAAAAUAGCAGCAUAGAUUAAUAUAAA